AAAAAAAAAAGGAUUCCGGUACCGGGAAUCGAACCCGAGCCUCCUGGGUGAGAGCCAGGUAUCCUAGCCACUAGACCAUACCGGAUCUGUGAGAGAUGCUCCGAAUAUAACAGAUAAAUUGUCAAAAUUGCUUUCGUUAAAAAUAAAAAAUAUUUCCGGUACCGGGAAUCGAACCCGAGCCUCCUGGGUGAGAGCCAGGUAUCCUAGCCACUAGACCAUACCGGACUUGAUGCUUCAAUCGUCUAAUAAGCAAAAUGGGAGGUGCUUUAAAAUGGUAAUGCAUUUAAAAUGAUAGACGAGUAUGUACUUUAUGUACAUGACUUUUCUUUUAACAUGCAUGUAAUAUGUACUUACAUUUCACUAUAUGUAUGUAUAUGUACAUCGAAAAAUCAUACCGUUUCAAUCGAUAGAGGUAAAUAAUACACAAAAUGCACAAAUUAAUCAUUUAUUGAGAAAAAUAGUUGCUUUCGGUUUUUAUUAUCUAUUUCUCACGACCUAAUAACAUUUCUACACAUUUUCGAUGAACAUUUUUGUUUUCGAUAGUAAAAUAUAUGUUUCAACUUCUUUUCAAGGUCUUGUCAACAUUAUGUUACAUGUUUCGUAAAUACAAAGUGGCACAAACUUUCUUGGUACUCUCUUAAUCGAACAAAAGCUAUUCCUAAAAGAUAUAGUAAUGGCGGGAAAAUUUUACCAUAUGACAUUGAAGUCCUAUCACAUUCGAAUUUGAUUGGUUAAUUCGGCAACAGUGGCAACAAUGUGUUCUGACUCAUAUACGAUACAUACGCGACACAUAGGUACAAUCAGUUGCUUCCAACUUCCCGUUCAUUCCAGUGUUGAUUCCCUAAUGGCGAGCAAUGAACGUGAGUGAAUACUGUAUGCUGGAAAGACUGUAGUGAUUUUCGAACAAAGGCCUCGCGAAAAGCAGAGGUUCUGCGUAACUUUAGUGAGUAACAUCGACAAGACUUUACAGCAUGUGGGGAUCAUAAAAAAUGGACAAAUUACACGAAGACAUCCUUAAACGUCUACGUUCAAGUAUAGUUAUUGACGUGGAUGUAUUUAAUGAUAUAAUAAAACCACUGAAAUCGGACUACAUAUUAUCUGAAGAUGAUGUAGCAAGGAUCAAAGCUGGUAAUUCUAAAGAAGAAAAAGCUGAAAUCUUAUUAGAUAUACUUCCAAGUCGGGGAGCAGAUGCCUUCGAUAAGUUUCGUCAAGCUUUGCGACACCAUUAUGAAUGGAUAAGUGAAGAUAUGGAUCGACAAGAGGCGAACGAAAAAACUUUGACUGAUGUAAGACGUGUCUGUACACCAAAUCUCCCACCACUUUCACCUUUAACUGUGAGUAGGGAACAAAAGAUUAAACAGUUAAAAGAUUACUUGGAAAAAUUGCAACCAAACGAAUAUGUUGUACUUCAUGGAAUGAAAGGAUUCGGUAAAUCAUGUUUAACAGCAAGCACUUUGAAGGACACAAAAUUCGUAAGAAAUACGUUUAAUAAUGAGAUUUACUGGCUCAAAUUUGGAUACACGUGUUCAGUAGAUGAAGAAAUAUUGAUUCAAUUAAAUAAACUGUAUCAUCAAGUAAAGAAUUUGGAAAUGUUACCUGAAACAUUAAAACCUGAACCUUUGAAAGAUUCGUUAAUUCAUUUUUUAAAACAUUACUUUGCUAAAGAAGGAAAUUCUCGUGCAUUAUUAAUUUUGGAUGAUGUUUGCAAUAGUAAAAUAAUUGAAAUAUUUGAUUUCGGCUGCAAAACGCUAGUAACAACUGCUGAUCUAGAUAUUGUGUUUGAUAAGAGGCCUUCCGUCAUUGAGAUGAGUGAUGGCUUCACAGAAGCAGAAACUUUAGGUCUUUUUGCAAAAGUGUUAGGUACAGAAGUAGAUAAACUCCCAGUAGAAGCAAAACUAAUUCAUUAUGAAUGCAAAGGGAUGCCUCUGUUAAUCGCUAUGUUUUCUGCUCAGUUUGAAGAAUUCAAAGAUGAUAUGAAAUUACGAUCAAAUAAAUGGACAUACUAUUUAAAUUCUUUGAAAAAUAGAGAUGAAAAGAAUCGUGUCAUCAAAAAAUUUCUAAAAAAGCAAGAAGCGAUAUUUAAUAUAUGUAUAGAAAAUUUAUCUGAUGAAAUGAGGAAACAUUAUCAAGAAUUAGUAAUCUUUAGAGAAGAUAUCAAUAUAACAUCACAGACAUUAGAAAUUCUUUGGGACGAAGAAAUCCAUCAAGUUGAUGAAAUGAUGCUUGAACUAUCUCAUAAAUCAUUAGCUGCCAGACAAUGGAACAACGAACUGCGUAGCUACAUAUAUGGUGUACAUGAUUUAUUACUUUGCCAUUUGCGAAAAAAAUUUUCUAACGAUGAAUUGACACAAAUGCACAAAUCAUUUAUUGAGAAAUAUCGUAAAAAAUGCAAUGGUGAUUUUUCAAAACUACCAGCAGAUAAUUACAGUUACUCGUACAUUGGACAUCACUUAAAAGAAGCAAAAUUAUAUGAAGAAUUUCCUAAGAUAUAUUUCAACUUCGAUUUUAUUCAAGCAACCAUAGAGCAUAGUGGUUUAACUAACCUGUUAAUUGAUUUGGAUAAUUACAGAGAGUACAUUACCAGAAAUUCUGAUCCAGUAUUGAAAAUGCGUCUAACUGAUCUUGAAAAGUUCUUAGAAGAACAAGCAGGUGUCAUAGCAAAAUGUAGAUACAAAAAGUGUCUAGAUAUAGUACAAAUCGCCAUGAAUCAUCCUUAUGAAGGAUUUGUUAAAGAUACUGCCAUUAAGCUUGCAAAAGAAAGGACUAAAAGUUUGUAUGUUCUUCAUGAUAAAAGAAUGGGACAAAUGUACAUGCCAUGGAGCGAAGAGAUGCUGACAGAAAUUUGUACGGUUUGUUUUGCACAUGAUCCAGACCUAAUUUUGGUCGGAAAUGAAGCUGGCGAAAUAUUUUUGUGGAAUAGUAUUUACAAAAGACAACAGAUUUUCAAUGGACAUAACAAGAGUCGAAUAAGAAAGAUUGUUGUGUCUAGCGAUCAUGACUGCUUUCUGUCACUAGACGAUCAUGGUAUAAUUAAGCUUUUUAGACUUUAUAACGAUGCAGAUUAUGAUAAAGAUCAAAUUGUUUUAUUAAAUCCAAAACAAAAGCAACCUUUUUGGAGAGAAAUUUUUACUGGCAAGUAUUCUCAUGACGAUAGCUCAAAAGUGUUCUCUGUUGAUAAAGAAAUUAUAUUGGAUAUGACAUUUGCGCAGGAUAAUAAUUAUAUUGCAGUUUGUACAAACAAGGGUACCAUAAAGGUCUGGGAUCGUAAUGGGUGUGUAGUGUCAAUUCCUGAACAUAAUUCUCGCAGUCACCUGAAGAGCAUAGUAUUUUCAGAAGGAAGCAACUUGUUACAUAUAAUGGAUGAAACGAAUGGAGUUUUAAUAUCAUAUCGUAAAUAUAAUUCGGAAUAUAAGUAUCUAUCACAGUACAACCCAAAUUUGCAAAAGAAGAAGAUUAUAUUCUUCUGUAACGUGCCAGAACAAAAUAAUUCAUUAAUCAUUGUUACCGAAGAUAAAGCUGUAUAUAUAAAAUGGUUUCAAUUCAGCAACGAUCAAAUGCACAGCUAUAAAAAGCAGAUCAGAGCGAGCGUUGAGAACAAAAACACGGUUUUUGUUUGCAGUGCUUUAACAUACGAUGGCCAGUACUUAAUUUUGGCGGAUUCUAAUGGUUUUAUAAACAUAUGGAAAACCAACGAAGGACUACAACCAAUAGCAACGUAUAAGAGUCGCGUAUCCUCUUUGGAUACUUACUGGUUAAAAGAAAAAGGAUACCACAUUAUCUGUGGUAGCGAAAACCAGUUGCUUCACAAGUGGAAACUUCCAGUAGAAGGAAUUUGCAAAUCGAUGAAAAAACCAUUAUUUGAUGCAGCUGUGCAGCCAUUAUAUGAACCUGAUACUAUUAUUACAGAGACAUUCGCGAAUACUGUUGUUACAUUAGUUGGCGAUACGAUAAUAGCAGAAUCUAAACCAUUUAAUGGAAAGUUAAAUAACUUGGUUAUUUCAUCGGAUAAAUCGAAAAUAGUAUUCGUUACAGAUGAAGAUGUAGUUGCCUUAUUUGAUAUUGACCGAAAGGAAACUAUAAACAUCUUGAAAAAUGCAGAAUUAAUAAAAAUGGCUAAAAUACAAAACAAUAAUGUAAUAAUCUGUCGAGAAAAGGAUGACAAUUUGAGGAUAUGGCAAAACAUAGAUAUAUCAUACUUGGUUGAAAAUACAGGAUUCGUUAUUUCAAUUCAUGAAAUAAAUGAAAAAUGUGUUGUAACAGUAACAAGAAGUGGUAUAAUCACGAUCUGGAAUAUAAAUGGUACAAAUUGGUUACGGAUAGAUAGAGUAAGCAUCGGAGGCUUGGACAUGAUCACCACAUUCAGUUGUUUAAGUUACGAAAAGAAUAUCUUGGCUUUGCUGAAUGAAAAUGGGGAUGUAGUUUUAUAUAAACUGCAAGAAGAUACAAUAACGCUACCAGUAUCUAUAAAAUUAACCAAUUACUUUAUGAAGAAGUAUAAGCAGAAAUUAACGUGUUGUGAAAUUUCACAGAAAGAAGAAUAUUUGGCUAUUGGUUGUGAAAGUGGAGAUAUUUUUAUCAUUAAUAUAAAUUUGGGAAUGGAAGUACAUAAAUUAUGUUUUCAUACAACUCCUAUUACACAAUUGUACUGGGCACCUUCUGCAAUCAACGUCCCUAUUUUGCUCUCUGUAAAUUCUGACGAACUAGUUUGGUGGAACAUUGCCUUGGACACGCAUAAGGAUAAGCAAAAUACGAGAAGACAUGAAAAUAUGCGUCGUAGCACUAGUUUUACAUUAGACAACAGAAGUUCAAUUAAUCAUUCGCAUAUGUCUUCUAGUCAAAGUGCAGACUUGAAUAUCUACAGUGCGCAACGACCCUUAGAAGAUAUUCACGAGACCCUUACUAUCACGAAUGGAGUAUCUACCGUAAGUAAGUACUGGAAGCUCAAAGAAGGUAAAGAUCCAAAGCAACCGGCACUAUUAGCUGUAGUGGAAUUACCAUCGAAUUUUCUUGCAAAAGUCUGUGUAUCUACAGAUUUCACAAAAUUUGUAACAGUUGACAUGUAUGGGUCAAUUAGCACCUUUUCAAUAUAUGGAUACAAUUAAUAAUA